GUUCCCGCUGCCCGUUGACACGGGAUGAGAUGCUGCUGAAAAAUUAUUAUAUAGCUGGAUCUCUCUUGGAUCAAUUGACUCAUUCCUCAUCCCUCUUCGACUCUUCCAUCCUUCUCCCUCUCUCUCUCUCUCUCGCGCGCGCGCGCGUCACAUCCCUAGCAACAGCCUGCACCUAAUCCUCAGGCGGGCUCAUUCCAUUCCUUGUCCUUAUCUCCUCCCUCCCAUCAGCAGAUCUGGAUCGUGGUUUACACCGCCAUCUGCCAUCAUGUCUCGACCAGGUACACCUACUUUGGCAUCGAGAGGCUCUUUUGCCAAUCUGGCCAACUACAAGAGCGGGGAUGCUUCAGGCCAGACUUCACCCACUGAAGUGGAACGAAACAAAGCUGAGGAGGAAUUCCGUCAGGCCCUGUUGAAAGCUCAGGACGGGAUUGAAAAGGCGAAAAAGGAGGAAAUGGGCGUCCCGGCGGCUUCUCCAGUAUGGCCAAUUCUCAGUUACUGUGUGGCUUCCAUCUUGAUGACUGUCACCAACAAGUUUGUGGUCUCAGGCAGUGCAUUCACCAUGACCUUUUUGCUCCUCACGCUGCAGUCUGUCGUCUGCGUCGCGUGUGUCGCUUCUGUGAAGCGCACCGGGCUCAUCUCUUUCCGAGAUUUUGACUUGAACGAUGCCAAAGCUUGGUUUCCCGUGUCUUGUCUUCUUGUUGCAGUGAUCUACACCGGGUCCAAAUCUUUGCAAUUCCUCUCCAUCCCAGUAUACACCAUCUUCAAGAACCUCACCAUUAUUCUCAUUGCCUACGGCGAAGUCCUCUGGUUCGGAGGGUCCGUCACUGGCCUCACCCUCUGCUCCUUCGCACUCAUGGUUGGAUCAUCCAUUAUCGCCGCAUGGUCCGAUAUCACCACUACCCUGAGCAAAAUGUCUGCCGGUAUCGCUGUGGUCGACCCGUCCUCCGGAGCCGACGUCCCAUUGCUCACUCCCCAAGGUAUGAUUGGAAGUUUCAACCUCGGCUACCUAUGGAUGUUCAUUAACUGCAUUGCAUCUGCGGGCUAUGUCCUCUUCAUGAGAAAGCGAAUCAAGGUCACUGGAUUCAAAGAUUGGGACUCGAUGUUCUACAACAAUCUCCUAUCGAUUCCUGUUCUCCUUGUCUCCUCUGUUCUCGUCGAGGACUGGAGCGUUGCCAGCUUUGCCCGGAACUUCCCCGCGGAUCACCGGACAUUCCUCCUUGUCGCCAUUGCCUUUUCAGGCGCGGUCGCUGUUCUCAUCUCAUACUCCACCGCCUGGUGCGUCCGAACGUGUGGUUCAACCACCUACUCCAUGGUCGGAGCCUUGAACAAGUUGCCUGUCGCUGCUUCUGGUAUCUUGUUCUUCGGUGACCCUGCCAACCUCGGCAAUGUCUCUGCCAUCGCUGUCGGUGGAUUCGCCGGUGUCGUCUAUGCCGUGGCCAAGACCAACCAAGCUCGUGUCGAGCGUGCCAAAACUUCCCGAUCGAAUGAAAAGGCAUGAUCAACGUCAUCCUCCUCCUCCUCCUCCUCC